AUGAUCUCAAAGUCGAUUCUCACUCUCAUGGCUACGGCCGCAUUGCUCGAAACUGGCCUUGCCGUGCCCCUUGUCUCCGAGAAUAUCGGCCUCGACCUUGUCACUCGCCAAACAGAAUCACCAGCAGUCUAUUUCAAAACAUUUUCUGAUUCGCCGCACUGUGCGGGCAAUGCUCGAAUGUGGAGUUACGACGACGGUUCUUACGACGAUGGUGGGUGCCACAGCCUGUCUGCAUACAGCAUGGAGGUUACGUGGUUUGCCAAUACCUGUCGUGACAACCUAGCAUUCAUAUACAGAGGUUCUACCUGCGAACAUGAACCUACGGAGAUCCAGGUUCAGACUGGAACGUGCUACGACACGUCCCUGUACCAUAAAUUCAAGGUAUUCUGCCAUUAG